AUGUCUGACAGCAAUGAUGUGUGGGAGUCACCCGGCUGUGGUACGAGGGAUGAGGACAAUAAAGACACGAGUGGAUUCUCCGAACAUGAACUCCUUGACAUCAUGUAUAACACAUGUAACACCUCCGACACAGGAGAGGUGUUGGCCUCCACCAUCGUUCAGUACCUGCAGAACAUGACGGCUCAAAGUCCGGAGCAGGACCGGCUGGCUGCCCUGCGACGGCUGCUCGACCCUGAUUGUCAGGACCCACAUGUGAGCAGGGAGACUUUUCACUCCACCAUGAGGGAGUGGAUCGCACAGUGCAGCCAGAACAGUGACGGAAAAGACCUGUUAGGCACAGUGGCUGAACUGAAGCACGCUCACCGCAAGCUGAGCGAGCAGAACAGCAGCCUGCUGAGGACGGUGGCUCAGUGCGAAGACAUAAACCUGCAGCUCACUCUGGAGGUCACUGAGCUGCGAGCAAAGCUGGCCAGUGCUCAACGGUCAGCAGUGAGAGCCAGAUCCCUGACAGAAGAACUGGAGGAGACCCGUCGGGCAUUUAAAGAGGCCCAGGAGAGAGCCAGCCGCACCCAGACCACCUGCACCAAACUGUGCAAUGAGGUCGAAUGCCUGAAAGUUCACAUUAGGAGGCUUGAAGACAAGAAUGAAAAACUCACCUUUGAAAGGACGUGCUCUGAAGACAGCAUCAACAAACUGAGGAAGGUCAACGCUGAGCUGAGGGCCGAGCUCAAGGAAACUCUGGUUAUGUUGACGCUGAGAGACAGAGAAAUCACAAAGAAAGACAUUCUCAUGGAUAAGAUAAAGAGCUCUCAUGUGGAGAAUCACAACAUGAUCGAGGGUCUGCAGUCAGAGCUGAUGAGGCUACAGGAACAUUCACACCAAGUUCUAUUGAGGUAUGACAGACAAUGUAUCAGCCCUCAGAGCCUCUACAGUCGAGAUCCUCCGAACCACCGCUCCCUGCAGAGCGAGAUGCAGGACAUGCAGCAGCAGCAUCACAGAGCUCUGGACGACAUCAGCCUCCCGUCCCUGCACGCACACAGUGACGAUAUUCAGAGCAUCAUCCACCGGAUCAAGUCUGCAGAAAUAGCUCAUCUUCUGCACAAUAAGUAUCCUGAGAGGACACAGGACACUGCUCCCGUAGAAACACAGGAGAGGCCUUUUCCUCACCGCCAGCAGCAACAGGCAAGCAUCAAGCAGCAGCUUGUCAAUGUGUAUGAGGAGAAAGGGGAGAAGGUGGAGGAGCGGUGGAGAGCCUGGGAGCAAAAGGAGCAAAAGCAAAGCCAGAGUGGGAGCCAGACUCAGAUCCAUGAAGCCAAGAAGGUGGCUGUGGUGAACUGGUGGAAAGCCCGCAGCGUAGAUGGCGCUAAAGCCAGGACAAAAGAAAGCCAGUCGGUCCAGGAGCUUUCUGAGACGCAAGCAAAGCUCCAGCAAGCAGAGCAGACCAUCACUGAUAUGAGGGAGCAGGUCUGCCACCUGCAAGCCUCUCUGAUAUCUGCACAGGAGUGUGUCGCCGAGCAAAAAAACAGCAGCGGAGUCCUUCAUAUCGACAAGGGAACCAACACAGAGAGAGGAGAACCAGACAGAGCUGUGGAGAAGGUCGUGAAGGAGCAGAGGGAUGCAGCAGUGGCCACGGAGAUCACAGGUGGAGCAGCCUCAGAGCAGGAGCAAGCCCAGCUUCGGGUGACCACAGACAACGUCCUGGCGACCCUCAGAAGGAUGGAGGCGAUGGUCAACAGCGCCCUGGAGGCCGCCGAGCUGGUGAGAGAGAGCGAGCGGAGGGUGAGUCGGGUGAGAGCGAGGAUGGAGAGCAUCACCCAGAGCGUGGAGGAGGCUCUGGACCGUGCAGCAAACACUGACGAGCAGCUGAACGUUCUAGAGUCCAGAAUUACAGAACAAGCUCCGACUAAGUCUCCGGGCCCCAGUCUGUCAGCUGAUCCUGGAACAGAUGCUGCAGGUUUUACAGAUGAGUCGGAGCCUGAAGACAGAAACGGAUUGGGGAGUCCUCCUCCACCUCCUGUAAUCCCAGAAGUCGAUGAGCCUCCACUUCUACCCAUGAAUGGUGGUACAACACGAGGCAGCUGCAGCAAGCUCCAGGAAGAGGAGGAGCACUUGCUGCAGGGAUCUCCUCUUGAGCAAAGUGAUCAUAACAGCAGGGAGUCCUGUGACGCCGCCUGUGCUGCUGAGGGACCUUUUAUUUUCCCCCAGACCCGCUCACGCCCCUCGCUGCCCCCCGCCAUGCCCACGUUGCCCGAGGAAGAGGAGGACUCCCCCGAGGAGCUGGACAGUUCCUCCAGCUCUCCCAGCACAUCUACACCAGGUGAAAGUCGAGCGGUCGUCAUAACGGCCCCCACUAUCGUCUACCCGCAGCAGGCCACUAUCGUCCAACAAGAUGGCCGUCCCCUCGAGCAGGCCAGGCCACACAGUCCCAGAGCUCGCCUGGCUAGAAACCCGUCUGGAGGACCCAUCACAACAGUCGACAGCGCAGGUCAUGUGAUCGACCUGUUGAAAGAUCAGCUGCCGGAGCUGCAGCUCUCCGAGGAGGAUCGACAGAAGAACCUGGAGCUGCUCGAACAGGCCAAGAAGGUCAGCGACCGGUUCCUGACGCGCCGCGGCCGCCGCUCCACCGGCAGCCCCGCCGACUCGCCCACUGGUCUUUCUCCAAUUCCAACUCCGUCAUCCUCACCAUGUUCGUCUAGAAGCAGCUCACUGACUGUGGCUCCUCACACUGAGGCAACCCAUGUCACCUCACAGUCUCUUGGGCAGCACCUGGAGGUUCCUUCAGUGCGAGAACAGCAUGACUUAAAGACUCAGGAUCAGGAGGUCAACAGGCUGUUGGUGGAUUGGAAGCCCGUUGAGAAGAGGAAAGUGUCCUCUGGGACUCUAACACCCCGCUUUGCUGUUCAGAAGGAGAACUGUGAUCCAGCUGCACCUAAGUGUCCUCCAGCUGUCAAUAAAGGGGAUGAAGGAGCCGGUCCAGGCCGAAUUCCCGCCCCGGCUCCGGCGACAGGGGUGGCCAAGCCCGUCCCCCGACCCCCUACCCAACUGGCCCCCUGUACGGCAGAGAUCAAGACGAUUGGGGCCUUCCCUCCGCUAAUGAGGGCUGUUUCCUGGGACGCUGUAGGCAGCCUUAAUUCUAGAAAUGGAGCCCCGAGUUUCCCUCCAACACAGGAGGAGACCUUCUCAGACAAGCCCAGGGAUGCUGUCUUCAAAUCCUCAGGGUACAAAGACCUCCCCACCCAACCGGGGAGUGUGCAUAAACUGUCUAAACUCAAAGAGGAGCACAAGCUGAUGCGUAACCAAAGCAUUGUGGGAUCCAAGUUACCAGACUUGAGUGAAGCUGCUGAACAGGAAAAAGGUCCUGCUUCCUCGACAAACUCAGCCAGUAGCGAGGAGGCAAGGGAGAAGUUUGACGCCAUGCCGAACAUUUCAGAUGUGAUGCUGAGAAAACUCAAACUUCACCGAGGUUUACCAGGCUGUGCGCCCCCACUCACUGAAAAAGAAGUUGAGAAUGCAUUUGUCCAGCUGUCGCUGGCAUUUCGUAACGACAACUACACUCUGGAGAUGCGGCUCAAACAGGCAGAGAGAGAGAGGAACCUGACCGAGGAAGACACCGAGAAAGAACUAGAAGAGUUCAAAGGAGCGCUGAAGAUGACUUCACCACAGUGGCAGAACCUGGAGCAGCGUGAGGCCUACCAGCGCCUCAUAGAGACGGUGGCAGUGCUGCACCGACUGGCCACGCGGCUCUCCAGCAGGGCUGAGAUAGUCGGAGCAGUUCGACAGGAGAAACGUAUGAACAAGGCCACUGAGGUCAUGAUGCAAUAUGUAGAAAAUCUGAAGAGGACGUACGAGAAGGACCAUGCAGAGCUGAUGGAGUUUAAGAAGCUGGCCAACCAGAACUCGAAUCGCUGUUAUGGAGGGUCUGUAGACACUGGAGAUGAUGGAGUUUCACGGCCAUCAAGAUCAAUGUCCCUCACCCUUGGAAAGGCUCUACCCAGACGUAGGGUGAGCGUAGCAGUGGUGCCUAAGUUUAACCUCCUGAACAUCCCAGGUCAGACUCCAGCAACAGCCAGCCCGGGCCCGGGACCCAGCACGGGACCCGCCGCUGGUGCUGCUCUUCCUGUCCUGUGUGAAGCAAAUGACGUGAAAGCCAACACUCCCACAGAGGCGGCACAGCCAGCAACAGAAUGUGGAAAGAGUGUGUCGGAGCAGGAAAGUGAGCCAGCCAAGCCUUCGGUCAACUUAGAGGAGAUCAGAGCCGAGAUCAAGGCAAAGAUCGAGGAGGAGGCAUAUAAUAAAGGCUACCAAGAGGGACUGAAGCAAAGUAAAGUUCUCCAGGAGGAGAAGCACGAAGAAGCGAACGAUGCAGAGAAAUUGCUGGAAUUGAAAAAUAAGGAUGAAGAGAGUGGAAAGAAGAUAAAGACAAGCAGGAGGAUGGAGGAGGUCUUGGUUCUUCUUCGCCGGUUUUGUCCCAAGAUUUCCUGGAAUCGGCGACUUCUCUGGACCGCCCUGACACUGUUUGUGGUGAUGUGUCUGGUUAUCAGUAUUUUUACAUUCUUCAGUGACAACUACAACAGGCGUGAGGACACGUAAGCAGAGAGAGACUUGUGAGAGGCGAAAUGAAGAUCUUUGGACUAAGUGUAGCAGCACAACCAAAGAACUCCAAAACAGAAUAACAGAGGCGGCGCUCAUCCUCUGUCUCUGCCAGUUUACCAUAUCACCACACUUGGACUCACUUGAAUCCAUGAUCCUGACUCUCGAGGGCUGAAGAUAUUUUGGGAGGUUUUAUGGAUAAAGUUGCCUUAAGUUAUAAUUUUGUUUGGAUUGAAAAAUUGACUGUUUGCUGCAGUGAGAAAAAAGAUAAUUUCUGUUUAGGGACCAAAUAUUUAGUGUGAUGAAGUAUAUAUAUAUAUUUAAAUUAGAUGUAUACGCAGCGAUAGGUUCUGGUUUGGGUACUUUUUGAUGAUGAAUAUGGCACUUUCCAUUAAAUGCCGCUAUAGAAAAAGUGUAUAUAUACUCUAAUGUUAAAGUAUGAUCUCUCAGGUCCAGUGGAUAAUAAAGCCUUUGAGAGAUUUUGAAAUCAUAUUUAAAGAUAUAGAAAAUAAAGGAAUGCUUUUAUUUUUUGUCUAAUUUCUAUAAUGUGUAUUUAAAGACUUUAAAAUAUAAGCACAUU